CCGGGGCGGUUGCACGUCCCACGGAGACACAUCAUCCAUUGUCUGCACUGAACUCACUUCUGAUGCAUACCUGUCUUCGUGUUACUAACCUAUUGACCAGAAAAAAAUGUUUCCAAGCAAGCUUAACGGCUGUUGAAUUUUAUUCCAGGCGUAGUAAUUCAAAAAAUCCUGAUGUUUAUAAGGUUGUUGGAUCGGAAGCAGUUGGCGAAUACAAGAAUGCCUUUGCCUCAAGUCCCAACUGGGAGCUGCUGAUGCCGCCGGGCUAUAGGUUCUACUUGCCAGGGGGCGUCGGCCCCGCAUGGCAGAACACAGCAACCACGCUCAACCUGGAUGACUUGCAGGUUACACUUUCCUUCCAGAAGAAUCGAGGGAAGGCGAUAGUCAUUACAAAUAUAGCUGCAACUAUGGAGUGCGUAGCACAGGAAUGUCCCAUGCUGUUGCGACAAGGUGUGCUGGAGAUGUUUCCCGGACUAGCAUCCCCGGGCAUGCAGCUGACAGUGGUCACGCUGAUUCAGAAGAUGCGUGGCGCUGAUGUCGAGGAACUCUCCAAGCAGUUCAUCCUUGCAGCACGUGACAUCUGCAGCAAACUGAAGCAGGCUGGUUAUGCUGCAGACUUCGUGAACCCUUUCUCUGGCCGGCCAUUCGUCGGAGCUUUUCAAAACCAGGUCGGAGACGUCCCGAAGGAGUUCGCCUGUUUGGCACUCCGCAUCAACAAACAGGCCAACUGCCAAGUCAUCAUGGAGCAUAAAAACAACAGGGAGUUCGUGGGGAGCCUGUUCACUAAUGCCCCUGCAUCAAUGCUGUUUCUCCAAGAAGUGCUAGAUCAAUGAAUGACUUGAGUUCUAUACUCUUUGCACCAUGUACAGACUGGUAUUUUAAUGCAUAUUUAAUUCUUGUUGAGUUGUAAUAUUACUGAUUUCUCAGUUAUGUACAGAAGAUCAAACUGUAUGUUAGGGAUUUAAUAAAAUUUCAUGUAAGAAAAAUAUUGAA